AUUGUAGCAUUCAAUGUUUUGUGCCAAACUUGUAAUGAGAAUGAAGAACAGCCAUUUGCUAACGUUUGCCUUGGCAGCUUGUCUGCUAAUUAGUCAAGUCGCAGGUACGACGACUACGGGGAUCCCAACGACUACAACCGAAGCUCCAACUACUGCUCCAACUACUACUACGACUACUGCUGCACCGACUACCACCACAACAACUGCUGCUCCAACUACAACAACAACAACUGCUGCUCCAACUACCACCACAACAACUACAGCAGCGCCAACUACUACAACGACCACCGCCGCUCCAACGACGACGACGACUACUACAGUAGCGCCAACUACUACGACUGUGGCCCCUAUUACCGUCACUUUAACCGUCAAUGGAUCAGCUGUGACAGUAUCUUCAACCAGUAAUUCCUUAGUAAACUUAGUUCUUCAGCUUAUCUCGAGUUUGACAGCGACGACUACUACGAUUGCACCCACAACGACCACCACGACAACGGCGGCGACUACUACGACCGUUGCUCCAACAACUACUACCACCACUACUGCUGCGCCAACAACCACUACCACCACGACCACUGCUCCAACAACCACUACAACUACUACUACUACCACCACCACAGCGCCAACUACAACGACCACCACUACCGUGGCACCAACAACAACGACCACUACUACCGCAGCGCCGACUACGACGACCACUACUACCGCCGCAACUACGACCACUACCAGAAGAACGUGUGGAACUCGUGCUCCAAUCGGAGGAUUGGGAGGAGGCUUCGGUAUCGUAGGUGGUCUCGGUCCCAUUGGCUUUGGACUGGGUGUCCGAGGUGGAAUCAGAGGCUUCGGAGCACCGCAGGUCGGAGGCUUCGGAAUCCUGCCAGCCAUUGGUAACGUCGCUCGUAUUGUUGUGGGUACUGGCUUGAACGUGGUUGGGUCUGCUGCGAAUCUCGCCGGAAAUGUUGUCGGUGCCGCUGGUAACUUAGCGGGUGGAUUGCUAGGUGGAGUAGGAAGUGCUGCAGCAGGAAUCAACACUGGAGUUAAUGCAGGAUUGAGCGCUGGUAUUGGUGGUAGAGCGGGCGGACGAAACGGUCGUUUUGGAGCAGGUUUCGGAGGAGGGUUCCGCCUGGGUGUAAUGGGUCAUUCAAUGUUUAGUGCCAAACUUGAAGUGAGAAUGAAGAACAGCCUUUUGCUAACGUUUGCUUUGGCAGCUUGUCUGCUAAUUAGUCAAGUGGCAGGUACGACGACUACAGGGAUCCCAACGACUACCACGGAAGCUCCAACUACUGCUCCAACAACUGCUCCAACUACCGCUCCAACUACGGCUCCAACAACCGCUCCAACAACGACAACCACCACUGUCGCUCCAACGACUACUACAGCAGCGCUAACAACUGUAACAGUAGCACCAACAACCAUAACUGUAACCGUUGAUGGUGUUACGGUUACUGUAUCCUCCUCGGAUAGUUCUUUGGUGAACUUAGUUCUUCAGAUCAUUUCGAGUUUGACAACGACGACCACUACGGCUGCACCAACGACGACCACGACGACGACCGCGGCGACCACUGCUGCUACGACCGCGGCGACCACUGCUGCUACGACCGCGGCAACUACUGCUGCUACAACGGCUGCGACCACUGCUGCAACAACGACCACUACUACGACUGCUGCUCCAACAACCACCACUACCACUACUACUGCUGCACCGACUACAACGACCACGACUACCGUGGCUCCAACAACAACGACCACUACUGCUGCAACUACCACUACUGCCGCCGCAACUAUGACCACACGAACCUGUGGCACUCGUGCCCCAAUCGGAGGACUAGGUGGAGGCUUCGGUAUUGUAGGUGGUCUAGGUCCCAUUGGCUUUGGAGUAGGUAUACGAGGUGGAAUCGGAGGCUUUGGAGCACCAGUGGUUGGUGGUUUAGGAGUUCCACAGGUCGGAGGCUUCGGAAUCUUGCCGGCCGUUGGUAACGUCGCUCGUACAGCUGUCGGCACCGGAUUGAACGUGAUUGGAUCUGCUGCAAAUCUUGCCAGAAAUGUUGUUGGUGCGGCUGGUAACUUAGCGGGCGGAUUGCUCGGAGGACUGGGCAGUGCUGCGGCAGGAAUCAGCAGUGGAGUUAAUGCAGGAUUAAGUGCAGGAGUUGGCGGUAGAGUGGUUGGUGGAAUUGGCGGAAAUAUCCAAGCGGGAAGUCGUUUUGGAGGAAGUGGCGGUCUUGUAUUAGGCACCGGAGCAGGGUUGCGUGUGGGUGUGAUGGGCUUCUGCUCACUAUGCAAUAGUAGCAGCUCUGCAAGCCACAACCACUACGUCUGCAGCAACAACCACGGUAGCUGGAGCGACAACAACAACAGUAGCAGCUACAACAACUACGGUUGCUGCAACUACUACUACAACUACCGCUGCACCAACCACUACUACAACCACUGUAGCUCCAACCACUACUACGACUACUGCAGCUCCAACGACUACUACGACUACUGCAGCUCCAACGACUACUACGACCACUGCUACACCGACUACUACUACAACUACUGCUGCACCGACUACAACUACUACUACUGCAGCACCAACCACUACUACUACUGCAGCACCAACCACUACAACAACCACUGCAGCUUCAACCACUACUACGACCACCGCAGCACCAACUACAACGACGACGACUGCAGCUCCAACAACAACUACGACUACAGUAGCUCCAACAACCACAACUACCGCGGCUGCCACAACAACUACCACCACGGCUGCCCCAACGACUACUACAACUGUAGCGGCCACCACAACAACAGUUGCUCCUAUUACUUUCUUCAGCUAAUCUCAAGUUUGACAGCGACGACCACUACGACUGCACCUACAACGACCACCACCACGGCAGCGACUACUACGACAGCUGCUGCAACAGCAGCGGCCACCGCUACUACAACGACUGCUGCUGCAACAACCUCUACCACGACUACUGCAGCUGCAACGACCACCACAACUACUGCUGCACCGACUACAACGACCACCACUACCGUGGCCCCAACAACAACGACCACUACUACCGCAGCGCCGACUACAACGACCACUACUACCGCCGCAACUACGACCACUACCAGAAGAACGUGUGGAACUCGUGCUCCAAUCGGAGGAUUGGGUGGAGGCUUCGGUAUCUUGUAUAUAAAGCGGUUCGGAGUCAUUCAGUCUUCAGAACCUAUCCUUCGAUACGGCAGCCGUGUAGUGAACAAAAUGAAGAACUAUUUGGCUUCUCUGGUGCUCGCCGUGUGUUUGCUCACCGGCCCUGUCGCUAGCCAAUCCGCCACGGUUUCAAUUAACAUUGGAGGAAGUGUUAUCACUAUAGCAUCGUCCGAUCUAGCGACGAUUUUGGCGAUUGUAGCAUCGCUACAAUCUUCAACAACGACUGUUGCUGCUACCACAACAACUGCAGCAACUACAACCGCAGCAACAACUGCAGCAACUACAACCGCUGCAACAACUGCUGCUACUACGACUGCAGCUACAACCGCUGCUACUACUGCGGCCACUACGGCUGCUACUACCGCGGCCACUACGGCUGCUACUACCGCGGCCACUACGGCUGCUACUACCGCGGCCACUACGGCAGCUACUACCGCGGCCACUACGGCUGCUACUACCGCGGCCACUACAGCUGCUACUACCGAGGCCACUACGGCUGCUACUACCGCGGCCACUACGGCUGGUACUACCGAGGCCACUACGGCUGCUACUACCGCGGCCACUACGGCUGCUACUACCGAGGCCACUACGGCCGCUACUACCGCGGACACUACGGCUGCUACUACCGCGGCCACUACGGCUCCUACUACCGAGGCCACUACGGCAGCUACUACCGAGGCCACUACGGCUGCUACUACCGCGGCCACUACGGCUCCUACUACCGCGGCCACUACGGCUGCUACUACCGCGGCCACUACGGCUGCUACUACCGAGGCCACUACGGCUGCUACUACCGCGGCCACUACGGCUGCUACUACCGCGGCCACUACGGCUGCUACUACCGCAGCUACCACAGCAGCUACCACAGCAGCUACCACCGCAGCCACAACUGCAGCUACUACGGCUGCUUCUACGGCUGCUACCACCGCAGCCACUACGGCAGCUUCCACCGCAGCCACUACGGCAGCUUCCACCGCAGCUACAACUGCAGCUACUACGGCUGCUACUACCGCGGCCACUACGGCAGCUACUACUGCAGGUACAACAGAAGGUACUACGACCGCAGCCACAACUGCAGCCACAAGCGCCGCCACAACCGCCGCCACAACCGCAGCCACAACUGCAGCAACAACUGCUGCUACCACUGCAGCAACGACAGCAGCAACAACGGCUGCUACUACUGUUGCUACUACCACAACGACGACUGUAGCCCCAACUACUACUACUACCACAACUGCAGCCCCAACUACUACAGCAGCAGCAAGUGUCACUGUUACGCUUACUGUGAACGGAACUCCGAUUACUAUCGUGGGAUCUAGCACUGGUCUGGUAAAUUUGUUGACCCAAAUUUUGGCCAGCUUGACGACUACUACGACUACUGCCGCACCGGCUACCACGACUACUACUGUUGCACCGACGACUACGACCACUACUACCGUGGCUCCAACGACCACGACCACUACCGCUGCACCAACGACCACGACCACUACCACGGUAGCACCGACCACUACUACUACUACCGCUGCACCGACUACCACCACUGUCACUACGACAACGACACGUAAGUGCGGAGUCAGUAUUGGAAUUGGCGGUGGAAUCAAUAUUGGAGGAUUGGGAGGAAUCGGUGGAAGCAUCGGCAUCGGAGCAGGUCUCGGUGGCAUCGGUGCAGGUAUUAACCUGGGUACCAAAAUUGGAACCGUCGGAACGGGAGUCAACGUUGGCACUGCUAUCCGUCCGAUCGGAUCGUUGCUCGGUGCUGGAUUGAACUUGGCCGGAGCAGCCAUCAACACUGCUGGCAAUGUAGCUAACACGGGCUUGAACUUGGCUGGUACUGCAGUGAACACGGCUGGCAACUUGGCCGGUGCUGCAGUGAACACUGCUGGCAAUUUGGCCGGUACUGCAAUCAAUACUGCGGGUAAUGUCGUCCGAGGCGUUGCCGGAGCCGCAACCAAUGUGCUCGGAGCGGCCACAAACGUGGUCGGUAAUGUGGCCGGUGGCCUGUUGGGAGGUUUGAGCAGCGGUCUGCAGGCGGCCUCCAACGUGGGCAGCAAUCUGAACGUCGCUGGUAGCCUUUCCGCCCGUAGUGGAAUUCUUGGUGGCUCCGGGAUCUCCACUGGACUGAGGGGAGGUCUUGGUUUCGGAUUUGCGGGAUAAGCGGAGCUGAGAUUAACCAAAACAAAAUUUGACUGAACUAUUGACUUUUUUCUAUCCGUGUAAUGUGCAAUAAAAGAUGAUCUAUUUGACCAACCGGUUA